GAGGCCAGCAAGUGCAGAACUGCAGGGGGAGAGGAGCUGGGAGGCACAGCAGGAGCGCAGGGAAGGGGGGAGAGCAAGGGGGGGGCAGCUGCCAGGGGGAGGAACUGAGAGAGGAGGGCAGAGGAGAGCAGAGGCAAAAGGAGGCAGAAAGAGUCGGGUCAAAAGAGGAAGGCUGAGGAGCAGACAGGCUACAAAAUGGCAUUAGCCCUGUGGCUGGGGUCCCUGCUGUCAUCCUGCUGGCAAAACCUCUCUAUACUGGGAGUUUUUCUUACAGUCUUUACUUUACUUCUCGACUUCAUGAAGCGCAGGAAGAAGUGGAGCCGUUACCCGCCGGGCCCGGUGUCGCUGCCGUUCAUUGGGACCAUGCUGCACGUCGACUUCCGCAGACCCCACGUCUCCUUCAAGCAGCUUCACAAGAAGUUUGGAAAUGUCUUCAAUCUGCAGAACUGCUGGACCAACGUGGUAGUACUGAAUGGGUAUCAAACAGUGAAGGAUGCCCUGGUCCACAAAUCAGAGGACUUCGCUGACCGGCCGUACUUUCCAGUAUAUGAACAUCUGGGCUAUGGAAGUAAAUCUGAAGGGAUUAUUGUAGCAAAAUAUGGGCCCAUCUGGAAGGAGCUAAGGAGAUUCACACUGUCUACUUUGAGGAACUUUGGAAUGGGAAAGAAAUCCUUGGAGGAGCGAGUGACGGAGGAAGCUGGAUUUCUGUGCUCUGCAGUUGAGUCUGAAGAAGGUAAACCUUUUGAUUUACGUUUUCUUGUAAAUAAUGCAGUAUGCAAUGUAAUCUGCACCACCGUCUAUGGAGAGCGUUUCAACUAUGGUGAUGAGACAUUCAAGAUGAUGUUACAUUUGUUUGAAAGCUCUCUGAAUGAAGAAACUGGAUUCCUGCCCCAGCUUCUUAAUGUGCUGCCCAUUUUGCUGCGCAUCCCUGGAGUGCCACAGAUGGUCUUUCGAGGGCAAAAGGUAUUUAUGGACUUCAUAGAUGUGCUCAUAGAAAAGCACAUGGAGACCUGGAACCCUGCUCACAUCCGAGAUUUCACUGAUGUGUUUUUAAAGGAAAUGAAGAAGGGUAAGGAGGCUGAAGAGAGUGGUUUCAACUAUAACAACCUUCGUCUGGUGACUGCAGACUUGUUUAUAGCUGGUUCUGAGACCACCUCCACCACUCUCCGGUGGGCAUUUCUGUACAUGCUUCUCCACCCGGAAAUACAGAGUAAGGUCCAAGCAGAGAUUGAUAAAGUGAUUGGCAAAGAGAAACCACCCACCAUGAAGGACCAAGUGAGCAUGCCCUACACCAAUGCUGUGAUCCAUGAAGUGCAACGCUGCGGGGAUAUCGUUCCUGUUGGACUACCUCACAUGACGUACCGGGACACUGAGGUCCAAGGCUUCUUCAUUCCCAAGGGGACGACAGUCAUCACCAACUUGUCUUCCGUGCUGAAGGAUGAGACAGUGUGGGAGAAGCCAAAUGAGUUUUAUCCCGAACACUUCCUGGAUGCGAAUGGGCAGUUUGUGAAACCAGAGGCCUUCCUGCCUUUCUCAGCAGGUCGCCGUGCCUGCCCAGGGGAACAGCUGGCCAGGAUGGAGCUCUUUAUUUUCUUUACCACUCUAAUGCAGAAAUUCACCUUUGUGCUCCCCGAGGACCAGCCCAGGCCACGGGAGGAUGGUCACUUUGCUCUCACGAAUGCGCCACACCCGUAUCUGAUACGAGCUGUUCCAAGAUAAGUGCACACCUUUUUUUUUUGGCAUUACAUAAAGUCAGCUCUUGGGCAAGUGUGGAACUUGCGAAAGUAUAGAGUUACACUGAAACAGUAUGGCUGUAGAUUUCAAAGCUAUCUUUCUCUUUCUUCCUGCAAUAUUCCUGACAAACUGUUUUGCAAAGUGUUAAGAUACGUCAGUGUUUAGAUUAGUAGUAGCUACCCUUUAACCACAUGGCUGGAAAGACUGUAGCAUAAAGGAGCUUCUAUGCAUAAUCACAGCUAAAAAAUCUCUGAAACUGAUUGCACGUGCACACAUUCAUCUUUCUAAUAGUAAAUUUGGAAGCUAUGAAAACUAUUGAGUGAUGCAAAUACUUACCAAUACCAUGGUUAAAAUUUUUACCUCAGCAGGAACUGCACAUUUAUGUUUUUCAUCUACAAAAUAAUCAGAAGGAAUACAAGUGA